UGGUCAGACGGGUCUGCUGACGGAGGAGGACUGUCGGAGGCAUCGUGUGCUCCGCUCCUAUCUCUAUACCGGAGGGACCGGGAGGGCUUUUGCAUCUCCCGCCUCCGGUCUGCAUGGCGUGGCGUUUCCCCGGUUGCAGCGAGUCCCGCUUUUCUUCUUCCCAGCCCGGCGCGGCGCAUUGAGCCUAAGGGUGGCCUAGAAGGUGGUUUCCUCCUCUGCAAAAAAGGGACCGAGAGGUUCUUGCCCUUCCCGGCUCUCUCCGAUCCACUCCCCCCCCCCUUUUUUUUGCACAAGGUUUCGUAAUGUGGGAAUGUAAAUAAUAUGAGUUUAUCAUACAACUGUGUUUGUUGUGCAUGGAGCAAGAAACCUGCAGCAUGUCGAAAAGCGACAAGCAGCCAUCCGUGGCCUUCGGUCAGGUAGUGAUUGGGCCUCCCGGCUCCGGGAAAACCACCUAUUGUCAUGGCAUGCAGGAAUUCCUCUCUGCAAUUGGGCGCAAGGUAGCUGUGGUGAACCUGGACCCAGCGAAUGAAGGGAUUCCGUUCCAGUGUGCUGUAGAUAUCUCUGAACUGAUCACCUUGGCUGAUGUGAUGGAGAAUUUGAAACUUGGCCCCAACGGUGGCUUAAUCUACUGCAUGGAGUACCUAGAGGCGAAUUUUGACUGGCUGCAGGAGAAACUGGACCAACUGAAAGGACAUUACUUCUUGUUUGAUUGCCCCGGACAAGUGGAGCUCUGCACCCAUCAUAAUUCAUUGAGAAACAUCUUUGCUCAACUUGCUAAGUGGAAUUUCAGGUUGGCUGCUGUUCAUCUGGUAGAUUCUCAUUACUGCACCGAUCCUGGCAAAUUCAUCUCUGUUCUCUGCACUUCCCUUGCCACAAUGCUGCACGUGGAGUUGCCCCACAUCAACAUCCUCUCCAAAAUGGACCUUAUUGAGCAGUAUGGGAAGUUAGCAUUUAAUCUAGAUUAUUACACAGAGGUUCUUGAUCUGUCCUACUUAGUGGACCACUUGGCCUCAGAUCCAUUCUUCAGGAACUACCAACGCCUGAACAAGAAGCUGGUGGGAGUGAUUGAAGACUACAGUUUGGUCUCUUUUGUUCCUCUCAAUGUCCAGGACAAGGAGAGCAUGCGGUGUGUGAUGCAGGCAGUGGACAAAGCCAAUGGUUACUGUUUUGGGGACUCUGAGCACAGAAACCUCAACGUCUUGAUGUCGGCAGCAAUGGGAGCUGAUUUUCAAUUUACAUCCACCCUGGCAGUCCAGGAGAAGUAUGUGCAGCCAGAGGAGAAAACGGUGGAGCAGGAAACUUUAGACGUGGAACAUGCCAGUUAACAGCAGCCACUGAAGGAGGGUCCAAAGUGGUCUCUCAGGAAGAGCAUCAGGGAGCGGUGCUCCCUCUGAGGGAUUCCCCAGGCUCGGUGCAGGAAUGAACAGGCCACCAUCACUGAGUUCCUUCGAAUUCUGGUGUAAUGAGGAGCCAGAUGUUUCUGAUAAGAAACUUGUACGGUUGAUGACCAAAGAGCAGCUGGCAAGGUGAUACGAUUUGGCACCUGGUAGUUGUCAGAGAUGACCGUUCAGUGCUAGCAAAAUUGUUGCCUUAGAACAGGGGUCCCCAGAAGACUUGGCAACUUUAAGAAGCAUAGCUGGCUGAGGAAUUCUGGGAGUUGAAGUCCACAAGUCUUAAAGUUGCCAAGUUU